AUGUUUCUUUUGGUAUUAAUGAUAUUCCCAUCUACAGUUGCUGCACAGCUAACAGUUGGCGGAUGGUUCUUCCCUGUAUCAGUUCCUCCUCCUAAUCCAAAUGAGAAUACUGUAUACGAUGAAGAUGUUGCACUGCCAGAAGCAGAACCUGUAAAUGUCACUCAUCAAGAAAUUAAGAACGAUAUGGAUCACACAUCAACAACCACUCAGGAUCCACUUGAGAUUUCAAAAUCAAAACGAUUUCUUCCGGGAAUUCAACAAUUUGUGCCUGCAUCUAUAAAUCCUGGAAGUUUGCCACUGAACGAGGAACCAGUAAUAACAAUGUCAAUGACACCGAUUAAAAGCUUGCGUCAGCCGGAAGAAAUAUCAGCAGAAAUAACAAGGAAUCUUAAAGCGGAGCAAGCGAUGUUAGAAAUCAGCUCGACAACCGAGCAAGUUAAAACAACAAAACUUCCGUUCAUUUAUGGUAUACCCAAAACAAAAUCAUUUGAUGAUCCCUUAUCAGCUGUUGAAAAAGAAAGGGAAAUGAUGAAAUUGAAAAGAGACGUUUUCCGUUUACGCAACGAGAUGAACUUGGUGAAGGCGUUGUUGAACAAAAUGUACAAGAGAAUGUACAGAAAACAGAAGGAUUUUCUUAUGAAGAAAACAACAAAUGAUUCAACUCGUCUUUCUGCAGUGCAGACAGAAGCGAAUAAUCAUGAUUGGACUGUCAUUCGUGCACAACACAGAAGUCAAGUGAACGCCUAA